UAUUAUUGAUGUGGGACACUAUAGCAUUUUGCUUAUUUUCUCUCCGUGGUUUCCCAUUUUUGCUGUCAUCCCAACAUGAUGGCAUAGCUCUAUGGAUGUAGCACUUGGCGCUGUAACGUUAGUCCCACCCUAAAUGUUCAAACCGGGAAGCUAAGCUAGAUGUAUGUAUUUGCCAUGGUGUCAAGAGCUGGUAAUGCCAGUCGGUAGACGGUGGUCAUCUCAUUCUCCGAGGGACUAGACGCACAUUGCAGCUUUAAAAGGUAACGUGGAAGCUCCAUAAUGGUGAAAAUAUUCAUCGGGAACUUGUCGCCAGACACCACAUCAGAUGAACUUCGCUCUCUCUUCUCCCAAUAUGGCAAGAUUGGAGAAUGCAGUAUUGUCAAGAACUUUGGCUUUGUGCACAUGGAUGACAAAGCGGAGGCGGAAGAAGCCAUCAGAAACCUCCACCAUUAUGAGCUUAACGGCCAGCCUAUGAAUGUAGAAUUGAGCCGUGGCAAGUCAAAAGGAUCCACUAAACUACACGUUGGCAACAUUGCUUGUACUAACCAGGAGCUGAGGGCCAAAUUUGAAGAGUUUGGCUCUGUGUUGGAGUGUGACAUAGUAAAAAACUAUGCUUUUGUUCACAUGGAUCGAAUAGAGGAUGCCAUGGAGGCCAUUAAUCAGUUAGACAACACAGCUUUUAAAGGUGAACUCUUGGGCUGGGAUUAAUGGGGAGUUUACUUUUUUAUUUAAUUCCGUAUUUGUGAAUUGAUUGGUAAGUUAUGGACGCGCCGCAGGUAAGUAAAAGGAGAAAGAUGAAGGGAUCAGGGUAAGCUGAAGAAAGUAAAUCAGCCCUUACUAUUUUAAAGCUGGUAUCCGUAAUGUCAUUGGUAAUAGUUAUUGGUAUGGUGGAUUCUUAUAAAACACAAAUAGGCACUUACUGCAAUUUAUGAUUGAGUUGUCAGGUCCCACUUGUUCUGCUUGUCAAUGCAAGUACAGUAAUUUAAAUACUGCUAGUAACGAAAAACAUUCCAUAUGUGUAUUUUUACAAAACAAACUCAACUGCAUAUAGGCCCAUUUAGAGCUGGAUAAACACCCAAAAAGCGGCGGUCCUGUUUAUCCUUAUUGUUGUUUCUGAACAUAGAUGUGUUCAUACGUUUGCCUUUGGGGGACAUAGAUUGUGGGAUGCAUGUGCAACCUCUGCAACAUGGGCAUAUCUUGAAAUCUUCAUCACGUGGACCCUUGUAGCUACACAGACGUGACAAGAAUAAUUUGAGUUGUCAGCCUUUGCUGACUUAUUUUAGCACUAACUAAUUUAAAUAACAAUCUUGCGUGCAACCUUCCAUGACAUUGUUACUAUGGUAUAAACAUAGUUUGAGUUCUCUUUUGCCAAUGCAGGGAAGUAAGAAAGUGUGGAAAGUUACGGAUUUCAGCUUUAAUAACUGUUUUUAAUGCUCAAAUCACAAGCUAUGUCUUAUUGCUAUUAUUGGAGUAUAACACAGAUUUUUACCAGGCUAAUAACUUUUGUGUGCCUGGCAGGAAAUGU